UUGAGUGCGCAUUUCCGCCACCGUAGUCAUUGCAACUUUUCGUCACUUGCUCGGUCUUGCCCUAAACCUCUUCUUUAUUUUUAAUUUUUAAUUUAUACCGAUCAUGAUUGUGAAGUCGCUUUUAUUCCUCGUUUUGUCUGAAUUAAUACCCGACGUGACGCCUGCGAUUCACACGCUGAAGUAUUUCCGAACAGCGUCCACUAACAUUGCGAGCUUGCCAGCGUACAUUGAGGUGGGUUACGUGGACGAAGUUGAGUUCAUACACUACGACAGCGAUGGCAAGAAAGCGGAAGCCAAGCAGGACUGGAUGGAGAGAAUCAUCGUGGAUGACCCUGACUACUGGGAGAUGGAAACACAGAGAAAUUCCGUCAAUGAGCACGUCUUCCGAACCAACAUUAAAACUGCUCAAGAACGCUUCAACCAAACUGGAGGCGUUCACAUUCUUCAGUGGAUGUUUGGCUGCGAGUGGAACGAUGAGACGGACGAGACGGAAGGGUGGAACCAGCACAGCUAUGACGGAGAAGACUUCAUCUCGUUGGACACCAAGACCAUGACGUAUGUCGCGGCAAAUGCGCAAGCGUUCAUCACCAAACUCAAGUGGGACCGCGACCAGACCCGAAAAGACUACAGGAAGCAUUACUACACCGACAUUUGUCCUGCUUUGUUGAAGAAGCUUGUCAACUACGGUCACAAAGCACUUAUGAGAACAGAGCUACCAAAGGUGUCUCUCCUUCAGAAGACGCCGUCCUCUCCGGUCGCCUGCCACGCGUCAGGUUUUUACCCCUACACGGCCGACCUUUUCUGGAGGAAAGACGGCGAGCAGCUCCACGAGGACGUGGAUUACGGCCAGACCCUGCCCAACCACGACGGAACCUUCCAGAUGACGGUAGACCUGAAGGUGACACCGACGGCCGAGGAGGAGGGCCGGUACGAGUGCGUGUUUGGGCUGGCUGGUGUCGAGGACGAAAUUAUCACCAAGCUGGACAGGAGAAACAUCUUGAGCAACACACGCAAUGAAGAUGAUGAAACAAAGAAGAAAAUCAUCACCGUCGUUUCUUCGUUGGUGGUCGUCGCUCUGGUGGUCCUCCUUGUAGCCAUCGUUAUCGUCAUCGUCCGGCGUCGUAACGGCAAUCGUGACGAUUACACUGCAGCUUCAAAAGUCAAGUUCUCCAAGAAUGCCAAUGGCAAAUCGACUGGGCCAGAAGACAACGUACCAGUUUUGGAUUAGCAUUGGGGCACUUUCUUCAAGCCAUCACAUUUCAGAGAUCGAGUGACGCUGUAAAGCAUCUUGCUGCUACCGUAUUUUCCAGAGUAUAAAUCACACUUUUUUUUCAUCGUUUGGCCGGGAGUGCGACUUGUUCUCAAGAGCGACUUAUGUGUGAAAUUAUUAUAAGAGCCGCAUCUUCUACUUCCAGGGUUAGCGAAGUUGUUUAUAAGUGACGCAGAGGAUGAAGAUUUUGUUGGAUUUCAUGGUUUGGGGUGAUGCGGAUGGUUCGAUAAACUUAUUUAUGCUAUUGUUAUUUGAAUAACUCUUAAUAUAUUACCUCAGGCAUGUUCUCAGUUCCUUCUUUAUGUAACGUUAGCAUACCGUACCAUUCAGCCUGUUGCCUAUUCAUGUCUGUUCUUGGUGUUGGAUUUUGUCAAAUAAAUUUCCCCCAAAAAUGCGACUUAUA